AUGUUAUUUUAUAGUAUGAAAUUAGUUAUAUUUUCAAUAAUACUAGGAACAUUAACCUUAAUUUAUAAUAAUGACUUCGAUGUUUUAUAUAAAAAUUUGAACUAUGAAAAUAUCGUAUUAGGGCAAAUAAAUUAUAGAUCCUUAGCAGAAUCUUCGCAUGAACAUAGAACAAAUCAAAAACAUAAAAAUAGCGAAUUAAGAGAAUACCAAAAAACUAAAGAAGAACAAUACAAAAAAAACAAAUAUCCAAACGAUGAUGCAAAAACAAAACAAAAAAUACCACAAGGAACAGAAAAUGAAAAUACUAGAAUAUCAAAUAAAAUGAGUUCUAAAAAAGAAAUAUAUAAUAACGCACAAGGAGGAAAUUCAGACAUAUCUCCUCGUCGCCUUAGAUAUUUGGAAAUACAAAGAAAUCUUUAUAAUGAUAUUGAUGAAAAACAUCACAGGGAGCUUCAGUAUUAUUUAGAUGAUGAAUAUGAUUCUAAGAUAGAAAAAU